AUGGCCAACGAGAUGCGAAUGUUUCUGAUGACGAAACAAGGAAAAGAAAUUCAAAAGAAACAGGAAAGGAAGACGGAAUUGCUGAAUGAUCCAAGAGCUUUCUAUCAGGAUCAUUUUGUUUCGAUGACCUACAUACCUCAAAACGUCGAGGAAAAAAUACCAGGAAGAGGAUUAGAUGGUGAAGGAAGGUGGUGGGCAACUGAUGUAUUACGACCUCAUGAACGAGAGCUACACCUAUACAACGUUCGAAUUGAGGCAAGAGAUGUGGAGCCACCGAAAUCUGGAUUUACAGUAAUCUAUAUUGAUCAGUUUCUGAAAGCAUGCCGACAUCUGCUACCCUACUCUUGCAAGUUGUCAGGAUGUGUGUGGUCUGAAUAA